CCAGCUGCGUACAACGGGCUGGGCUUCAUGGAUAAGCCCGAGAAGAUAUCACCGGAGCUAGCGAUGACGGAGCCAAGGCGAUUAAGAGGGCACAAAGACACCGCCACGUGUUGCGUAGCCUCACGCGACCGUCCUGGCAUCGUAGUCACCUCCGGCGAGGAUGGUCGUGUGUGUUGGUUCGAUAUGCGAUGCAAAGAGGUUCAGUUUGUUAUGGAGGUCGGGGAGCAACCAAUUUCAUCAUUGUCCUUCAAGCCAGGAAAUGAAGAUAUCCUCUACGUUUCCUCUGGGAAUGAAGUCAAGUGUUUGGAUGUGCUCAUGGCUAAUGACUGGAAGCCAUUGAAGACUUACAACUACAACAAGGAUGAGAUAAAUCAGAUUGCUUGCAACUCGAGGGCUGCUUUCCUUGCUUCUACAGAUGAUGCCGGUGAUGUUAAGAUUAUUGACAUUCACCAGCAUUGCCUAUAUAAAACAUUGAGGGCUGGCCAUUCAAGUAUCUGUAGCAGUGUGCAGUUUAUUCCUUGGAGAUCAUGGGAAGUCAUCACUGGAGGUCUGGACUCGAAGCUCAUUAUGUGGGACUUCUCAAAAGGACGCCCAAUCAAAAUUGUUGAUUUUGGCUCUAACAAUAGCAGUAAUGCAACACAAUGUCUCAAUCCUGCUUUUGUUCAUGCGAUAGCGGUUCCAGAUGUUGAUAUGAUCGACAAUGCAGGCAAGAUAUGCGCAGUAGCUAGGGGUGAUGGUGUUGUCGAUGUGAUAGACAUUGAAUUAGAACUUGCUGCUGCUAUUAGGUUGAAAAGUUCGGCGAAGGCUAAGAAAGUGUCUCAAGUAAACUCCAAUAAAGAAGCCGAAUCUGGCGCAAGUAGUGAAACAACGGCUAACACGAAUCAAAGCACCAGGCUGCAUCUGGAUUACAUGUUGGGGGGCCAUACUGCCGCAGUAUCAUGUGUUGGGUUCUCAUUAUUUGGGGAUAAGGGGAAGUUCAUCGUUUCAGGAGGGAAUGAUAAGUCAGUGAAGCUGUGGGAUUGCUCUCGACGUGAUACAACUGAGCAGGAUGGUGGCAGCAAUAAUGGCCCGCUACAUCUCAGCAUCAAUUUGAGCAAAAAGGUGAAUUGGCUAUGUACAACUCCUACUGAAUCAGAGAACCUUGUCAUCUGUGACACAACGAAAGUAGUGAAGGUCUAUUCCGUUACAUGA